UGAAGGUGUUUAUCAGAGUUUCAACAACUGUGAGCAUCAAUAGACAUCUGACUGCCUGGUGCACACACCUGCUGAGCUGCAGGGAGAUCUCACGACUUCUACUUUCUGAAUUUAAUCGAGGCAGUCUGCUUACGGUUGAGAAUUUAGAAAUGACGGACACUCUUAUUCCUAACGGUCCCAAGGCCGAAGGACCGGUGGAGAAUGGCUACUUCAAAAAGGGAUGUAAUCCAUUUGCUCAGACGGGUCGCAGUAAGCUGCAGAAUAAAAGAGCAACUCUCAACCAGCAAAUCAUCAAGCAGAUGAGGAUGAGAGCUGGAGCAGAGAACCUCCUCAAGGCGACGUCCAAUAAUAAGGUUCGGGAGCAGGUGGUGCUGGAGUUGAGUUAUGUCAACUCUGAUCUGCAGCUUCUCAUGGUACAGUUGGAAGGACUCAACAGCUCGGUGCAGGUUUAUCAGAACGUACAAGAGACAUCUAGCAUCCCACUCAUCCCUCUGGGACUGAAGGAGACAAAGGAUGUGGACUUCUCUGUUCCUAUUAAGGACUUUAUUCUGGAACACUACAGUGAAGAUGGCUCAAACUUUCAGGAUCAGAUAGAUGAUCUGAUGGACCUGAGACAGGCUUGUCGGACCCCCAGCCGCAACGUUUCUGGUGUAGAAUUGCUUGCCAGAUACUACAGUCAACUUGCCUUCUUGGAGAACCGAUUCUUCUCCCCUACGCAUCAGAUCGGCAUUUUCUUCACAUGGUAUGACUCCUUCACCGGCGUGCCUGUGUGUCAACAGAACAUCUCUCUGGAAAAAGCCAGUGUGCUCUUCAACAUGGCGGCUCUCUACUCACAGAUCGGCACUCGUGCCAACAGACAGACACAAGCCGGACUCGAGGACGCCAUUUCUGCAUUCCAGAAAUCUGCAGGUGUGCUGCACUACCUAAAGGAGACGUUCACACACACUCCCAGUUAUGAUAUGAGCCCUGCUAUGCUAAGCAUGCUGAUUCGGCUGAUGCUCGCACAGGCGCAGGAGUGUUUGUUUGAGCAGAUCGCUCUGCCAGGAAUCCGAAAUGAAUUCUUUAGCCUGCUCAAAAUGGCCCAAGAGACUUCCAAGGUGGGGGAGACCUAUAAUCAAGUUCUCCAGUCCAUGAUCCAGACCCCUGUUAAGAACAAUGUGCCCUUUUUCUGGACCACCAUGUCCCAGCUGAAGAUCAAUCACUACAACUCUCUUGCCCACUACUUUGUCUCCACUGCUCUGUUGGACCACCAAUUGACCCCUAGUGAUGAUGAGGACAAGCAAGAGAAGGCUCUUUCACAGAUAUAUGACACUAUGCCUGAGGGAUGUUCCCCUCUUAAAAUCCUGAAGAAUAAGGAGGAGCGACGGAGGAUAGGUAAAGCUCAUUUGCAGCGUGCCAUCAUGGGACAUGAAGAGGCAAUCCGCACACAUGCUCUCUGUCAACACCUGCAAAAGCUGGACAUCCUGGAUGACAUCCUGCAAGCUAGCCACAAACGCUCUCUUGCCAAGUUUGACCAAAACAACAAGGAAGACGAGUUCACAGACUACAUGGUUGCACCAGAUGUCAUCUCUAAAACAGAAAAGAAAGCAGAGAUGGAGAUUCCAGCUGCCACGAAGGUGAAAGUCACAGACUUAUUCCAGCGACUGGGGCCUUUGUCAAUUUUCUCAGCAAAGCAGAGAUGGACGGUCCCACGCACCAUCAGGCUGAGGCUGCAGGAAAGAGACCUUGGAUUCACUCUGAAGGGAAAUGCACCUGUUCAGAUACAAUCACUCGAUUCACUUUGUCCCGCAGCGACUGAGGGACUGAAAGAGGGAGAUUACCUUGUUGCUGUGGGCGAAACAGAUUGUAAAUGGAUGGGAGUGAGUGAGGUAAUGAAGCUUUUAAAGGAUGUGGAUGAGGAGGGCAUCAACAUCAGUGUGGUCAGCAUGAUGGACAGCAGCAGCCAAGCAAUGCCCACCAAGAGCGCUACGUACUGUGGUGGUCUUCCGAAGACCUACUCCAUGAUCUGCUUGGCACACGAUGAUGACGAGAAGAACUCAAAGUCUCGCAAGGUGGCAAAGAAACCGUCAUUCCUCAGCUGGGGUCUCAAGAACAAGCAGAAGAGCAGCAGCACAUUGAGUUUACCCAACGCAGAUUACAGCGGAACCCUGCCUUGCAACAAACCAUGCCCUACCUCCUAUAAUGAUAGUGCCCUCUACUAAACACAUACACACACACAAACACACACACACAUAUAUAUAUAUAUAUAUAUAUAUAUAUAAAACUGGAUUUGUACAUACACUGAUAGCACAAAAGCACACUAUAUUACAAUAAGAGGGAGAGAAAUUUAGAGAGGGUGAAAUUAAUUCCUGAAAGAAAACACAAUGUACAUUUUGCACAGACCUAUAAACACAGGUGUAAGCUAUUUUAAUUUCUUCAUUAGUGUGGUUGUCUAUAUAAAAUAUCAUCAUUAUGAAAAAGGUGAUUGUGUUUUAAUGAAUCAGUAGACAAAACACGACGUGUAUGCUGCUCAAAAUAUUUAAAUGUUUUAUUUGUUUGUUUUAUUAUUCUUGUAUUGUUAAAGGAUGAUGAGGUGUGAUGAAGGAUUUUUUUUUACAUUCUGCCAAGUAAUGUCUUUGAGACUGUCAAAACACACAAGUACCCUCCUCAAAUUAAAAUGAGGGCUGGUAGAUUGACAGUUUACUGUGGGUGUAGGUGUAGAAAACUCCUUUUUCUGCAAUUGGACACAAUUUCCUUUUCCUGCCUCACAGUAGACAGUCUGUAGCUUACAGAUAUACCACCACAGAAGGUUUCUAUGGUGAUCUUGCAUCAUCUAAAUAGAAUUCUAAUCUUGCGUCAAUCACUGUAGAAGAACAAUGUAAGAGAGGACAGUGAAUAGCUUUUGGUCUUGGCCUAUCUAUAGAAGCAGUAAUAUCUUCUUUUUGUGUGUGUGUGUGUGUGUGUAACUGAAGUAUUUACUUACACUGAAGGGAAAUACUAUUAUAGGACUCUGGCUAUGCUUAAGUUCAAGCAAAAAGGUGUAACAUAUCAUAGUAGUGAAUUUAAAUGGCAUUUUUAUUUAACCUUUGUUUUGUGUUUUACCUAGCACUCUUAUGUGUUGGAAUAUUUCACUGUCUACAAAGUAGAUUUUUAUACACAUUUGAUAAUCAAAUAAUGUUUAUGCAAAAAUAAAGAAUUUUUUAUAUAUAUAAACAUAUGUAUUCAUUUUAAGUAUUGGAAUUAUUUGGUUUUUGUAUUGUGAAAAUGUAGCCUGAUGUAUUUAUUCAUUGAAAGUUUUAUGGCUAUAGAUUUUUUCUGUUACUCAGUGUACAUUUCUUCUUUUUAUAUAGUGUAGCUCAAAAGGUACAUGCGAUGGCAGUUUUUUUUUUAUUUUUUUUUUCUUCAUCUUACUAACAAUAUUUAACACUGCAUUAAACUGCCUCUCCAAAUCUUAGAGGCCUUUAGAAUGCCUUACCAGAGUCUACACUGAAGCAAUCUUCUUAGCGGAGGGCCUACACUCCUUGCUUGUAAAUACUGUGCUUUAUGAAUGUAUCGUUACAAUUUAAGUUUUCACAAGUGCCAGAUUUGGAAUUUGGAACAAACUCUGUUCUGUGAGGAUGUUGAUACUUUAUUAGGGUUGAGCUUACAUCUAUAUCAGUGCCCUAUUCUAACUUUGUUACAAAUAUUAAUGUAAUGGUGAAAUGGAUAUCAGUUUAGUUUCAUAACAUUUGCCCAUGUUCUUGUGUUUAUAGCUUAUGUGGAUUAGCAGUGGGAUAAGUUUGAGGAAAUGUCUGGCUUGUGUUGAAUUGUAUAUUGUUGCCUAGUUUUAUGUUGUAUAUGUAAAUCUUGAACUAAAUAAAAUAAGGGG